GGGUUAAGUGACACUGCAAUACCAGGAAAUGCACACACUGAGCCUGCAUACACCUGUAUAGGGAGAAGCGCGCUUGUUGGGGCCGCCUGACCACCCAAAGGUUUCUAAGAUGGAGGAGAUGACGAUAUGGGAGCAGUAUACUGUUACACUGAACCGGGACCCUAGAAAAGGCUUUGGUAUAGCCAUUGGUGGAGGCAGAGACCAUCCAAGUAGCAAAGAUAACGAUCACUCGGUCAUUGUUUCUGACAUUGUUCCUGGCGGACCUGCUGAUGGUAGAUUACAGACAAGAGAUCGCAUUGUGAUGGUGAAUGGGGUUUCAUUGGAGAAUAUGACCUCAUCGUUUGCAAUUCACACACUGAAGUCCUGUUCGAAGACUGCCAAUGUGACUGUGAAACGUCCUCGAAAAAUUCAACUUCCUGCGAGCAACUCUGUACUCCCCAUUUCCACAGGCCUUCCUCACAGCUCCACAUUGUCACACACGUCAGAGCUCAUGCAUUCAAGUUCCCUUGACAAAGAAGGAAAAGAAGAAACAGAUUCUUCUGUAGCCUGGAGAGAGAGAUAUGGGAGUUUCAGCAGGGAGCCCCAUGAGGAUACAGCAAGAGGCUAUGAAGGGGAUUCUUCCAGUGGACGUAGCUCGGGUGGAUCUACUCAUCGUUCCUCUUACCACUCGAGACAGCACAGAAUAAAGAGUGGUGGAAGUGGAGUGGGAAAUUAUUCAAGGAGGAGAACUGGCAAAGAGAAACAGGUCUCUGACAGGGAGUCAUUCGGCUCAAACAGAUGGGGAGAGACUGGUAGUGGCAGGGGGUACUCUGGAAGUGAUGCAGCAGACUAUUCAAGAACAGACCUAGGAAGUGAUAUUGUUGAAAGGCCAUAUAGUGGUGGCCUUGAACUUGUGUCUGGUUUCAAGCGACUGCCAAUUCAGGAUGUACCAUCCAAACCUGUAAAAACAAUAUUGGUGAAACAAACAGAAAAACAAGAAUAUGGCUUGAAGCUUGGUAGUCAAAUCUUCAUUAAGCACAUUACAGACACGGGGCUGGCUGCUCAGGACAAGUCCCUACAGGAGGGAGACCUAAUUCUUAAGAUUAAUGGAAUUGCAAGUGAAAAUAUGUCCUUGGCUGAUACUCGCCGGCUUAUUGAGAAGUCAAAAGGCAAACUUACACUUACUGUUUUGAGGGAUAAUCGGCAGUUUCUGGUUAACAUUCCUGAAGUAAAUGACAGCGAUAGUGAGGACAGGAACUCCAUUCAGGACGAUAUUUCUGAGUUAAGUUCUGAUCAGUCACCACCUCCUUCUCAGCCUCCUCCUCCUCCUCCACCAACUGGACAGAUAUGGCAAAGUUCCUUAGAUCGCUUGGAAAACCCAGUCCGUGAAAUUAAUGGAACACACACCCUACAGAUAGAUGAUGUACAGCACGAAGCCUAUCCCAGGGAAUCUCCUCAAGUGCUUAGUGAAUACAGGGAACUGCCCGCGCAAGCCUGUGACCAGCAGAAGGAUGAGCCACGAGUGGGGUACCAAGUUUAUAGCCCAGAUGCACGCCUAAUACAGUUUACAAAAGGGAAAAGUAUUGGAUUGCGCCUUGCAGGAGGAAAUGAUGUAGGAAUAUUUGUUGCUGCUGUUCAAGAAGGGAGCCCUGCAACAGUAGAGGGAAUGAAGGAAGGUGACCAGAUCCUGCAGGUCAAUGAAACAAGUUUCCACAACAUGACACGUGAAGAUGCAGUGCAGUAUCUAAUGAACAUCCCACAAAAUGAAGAAAUCGUUAUACUGACACAGGGAAAAGAAGACAUUUACAGAAAAAUGAUAAAGUCUAAUUUGGGCGAUUCCUUCUAUAUUCGUACACACUUUGAGUAUGAAGCAGAUACCCCAUCUAGCCUGAGUUUUACACGGGGUGAGAUAUUCCAUGUUUUGGACACAAUGUACCGUGGAAAAUUAGGCUCUUGGCUUGCCACCCGUGUUGGAAAAGAUUUGAAGAAGAUGAAAAAAGGAAUAAUACCAAAUAGAUCCAGGGCAGAGCAAUAUGCUAGCUUAGAGAAUGUCCUUAAACCUCAGCAAUCUUCAGGACCAAGAGCCGAAUUUUGGAAGCUGCGAGGCUUGAGGGGGGCCAAAAAAAUAUUAAAGAAAAGCCGAGAGGAUCUGUCUGCUAUAACAAACAAGGCCAAGUAUCCACCUUACGAGAAAGUGGUGCUCCGAGAAGCAAGUUUCAAACGACCAGUUGUGAUACUGGGUCCUAUAUCUGACAUUGCACACAUGAAGCUUUGUUCAGAGUUGCCACAGGAGUUUGAGUCUGCAGAAAGUGUUGCUCGUGAUGAUGGAAAUUCCAAAAUCAUAAAACUUCAGGUGGUGAGAGAGAUCGCUGAAAGGGAUAAGCAUGCUUUAUUAGACAUCACACCUACAGCCGUGGAGCAUCUGAAUUAUGUGCAGUUUUACCCUAUUGUGGUGUUCUGCAACCCAGAAAACAGGCAGGGUGUGAAGGCAAUGAGACAAUGGCUGCUCCCUGAGUCAAAGAAGAGCUCACGCCGUUUGUAUUCACAGGCUGUUAAAAUGCGGAAGAACUAUUCUCAUCUUUUCACUGCUGUUAUUAACUUGAGUGGUGCAAGUGAUUCCUGGCUUCGAAGCCUGAAAGAAAUCAUUCAAACUGAGCAAGGAAGAGCAAUAUGGACUACUGAGGAUAGGGCUGAGCCUUCAGGAGAUGAACCACUGGACCUUGUACAUGAAUCAUCAGUUAAAUCUACAGAUUACCUGAGCUGUGACAGUCGUGCCAACAGUGAUUAUGAGGAGACUGAUGCAGAAGGUGGAACCUACACGGACCAUGAACUGGAUGAGGAAUUUCAAGAGCCUGCAUUAGCCCGGUCUUCUGAACCAGUAGCUGAAUAUCAGCCUUCCUACCAUAACAUCAGUUCCUCGUAUGAUCCUUCCUAUAGUUACAGAUCCCACUCACCUGUUGAAGAUGCUUUGUACAGUGGACCCCAGUCACCAGAUAGACUGUCUUCCCAUUUUAGAAGUAAUUCACCAUCUCAGGACACUUGCAGCCUUCCGCAGGAAACUGAGAUGAAGCCUCCCGAUAAUCAGCUGAUACACGAGACUACAAAUAGCAGAGAGUAUGAGCAUGAUGCUUUACGCAAAAAGUUUACCCGUGCAAGAAGUACAAGCUCCGAGGAGGAAGAGUAUGGAUGGGGUGGUCCAGCUACUGAUCUGUAAACGGCCGAAUAAUCACUGAGAUGGCAUUUCAGCACACAUUGUACACCAUCCUUCCUCAUUUUAUGUUCUGUAUGUGCUAUGAUGAACAAAUUUUCUAUGCAUAUAUUAUUUUUGUUUGUACUUUGUAAUAAAUUAGCUUUAGCCACC